UACUUGUUGAAUCUUUCGUCAAUAGAUUGUUAUUAGCGAUAUAUUUAUUAUAAAUAAUAUAUCUGGUAAAGUGCGUGAUUGUUGUAUUUUUGAUGUUAUAUUAAACCGUACUUCUUACAAAUAGAAUUGACAAUUUAAUAGAACUUUCUUCUAACAUAAGAACCAUGAAUAGGUUACGACCGUGUUUAAAAACACUUGCAAAUGUGAAAAGCAUAAAUUUCGAAGACUGCAGAUACAUCCAUCGAUGGAUAUCUCGGACACAAAUGGAGCUAACACACAAAAAGAAGAAGAAGUUACCACCACAACCAGAACCAAAACGUAGCAGUUUCAUUGACUGGAAUAGAAGUGCAGAAAUCUAUGCAUUUAAUUGUAGACUUUCAGAAAAGUUUGAUACAGAGAAGUUGAAUGAAGCAUUUGUUCAUAAAUCAUAUGCUGUCGAAGAGAUGAAACAACAAGAAAAAAUGGGAAUAAAAGACCCAGCAGUUAAUAUACAGGACAAUGAAAAAUUUAUUAAGAAAGGAAGGCAAAUAACUUUAGACGCAAUAAAAAAGUAUUUAAACAAAUGUUUGCCACGCCUUCCAGAAGAAGGUGUCAUAGCAAUUUCUGAUUAUCUUAUGUCUGAAGAAAUGUUAGCUAAAGCAUCCCAGCAUAUUGGAACGAAAGACAUUAUUUUAACUGGUGAACAUCCUGUGGCUCGAGAAACAAUGGCAAGUACAUUCACAGCACUCGUAGGAGCACUUGCUGAAAGUGUUAAUGCUGAUCACGCAGCUGUUUUCGUGCAAGACUUUUUAAUAGCUGGAUUGGCAGAGAAAGAUUUAACCGAAAUAUGGACCCCAGCUAAACCGUUUGAAAUGUUGAACGAUAUCAUUUCCUCGGAAAGGAAAACGUCUAUAGAAGCAAGACUCAUUGGGCAAGCUGGCAAGAACACUAUAUUGUCAGCUUAUCAUAUCGGAAUUUAUGCGAAUAAAGAAUACUUGGGAUCAGGUUUUGGACAGACUAUUGCAGAGGCAAAAGAUGUGGCUGCUAUUAAUAUAAUGGCUGAGAUGUUUGGUCUGUUGCAUUCGAGUAAACCACUAAGAUUUGAUGAAAAAAUCAAUUUGUCUACUUAAUGUAUUAUGUAUUAAAAUUGUAGACUGUUAAGUAAUGCCAAUUGU